UCUGGAUGGUUUUUCGCUGAGUCUGCGAGGGGCAUUUGUUAGUCGACUACUGUCGCAUGUGGCUGGGAUUUGAUUGUAUUUCAGAAACCUUCCAUCCGUUUUUAUUUUUACAAGAAAAUUAAAAUGGCGGGGAAACAUAGUGGGGGAGGACACACGGGGAGUUUCAUUUCUACACAAAAUACAGGUGUUUCAGUUUCUACCGAGCAGGAAAUAGUCCUCGUGCGUAGCAGUUUAUUUUCAUUCAUGGGAUGGGGAUGAAUGAAAACGACUGAGCUCAUAAAUUGCACGUAUUGCCUCUAGUGGACCAAAAUAGCAUAUAUUCGGUCUGAUCCCUGACUGGAAAAAAUAACCCCUUAAAACAUAAUACAAAAAAAAAACGAAACGUGAUUUUCACUUGUACGUUGUGCAUUACAGAAAUAGGUAGAAGUGCAUUUACUCCAGGAAAUCACCCUAUUUCUGGUCUAGGGAGGACAAAAAUGUAUAAAUUAAUAUUAGGAUUAUUGCCACACAAAACAUUUUUACUCACAUUUUAAGGCUGAUAAUUUGUUAAAGUGAAAGUUGGGUGUGUCGGGAAAAACAAGAUAGUCUGAUGCACCUCACAAAAAUGUGAAUUGACGCUUUCCAUCUCACCAAACCUGAUCAUUUGUGCAAUCGUUCUGCGGACAAGUUGUAAUCUUGCUCAUUCAUGAUUGUUUAUUCAUGAUUCACGAACUGUCUCAGAGCUAAGUGCACAUUUGUCCUUCGCUGUAUACCUCAUGGUGAACUAACAUGUAGUUGACUCAACCCUCAGGAAGAGUGACUCACGCUGAAUCAUAGCUGCCUUUAAUUACUUCUGAUGUACCGGUGUUUUUGCAACUGUCUCAAAGAUGUUUCACUCAUCUUUUCAUGAGUCGUUUGAUUAAUUCAUUACAAAUGUCUCUUUUUGGAGCAGGAUAACAGGUCUCACUAAAUGCAGGCCGGCAAUAUUAGGAUGCCUGUGUGAGGUCGAAUGACACCUUCAACCUUGUGGACAGCCAACAGAACGGCACAGGGCAUCUGGAGUUACAGUAGGUAAUGCCAGAUGACCUUCAUAACUGACAAGGACGGUCCUAGAGGCUCGGAUAACACAUACGAUUGUAUGUCAUUCCAACUUUUUCAUUUGAAUCCGGAUGAUGUAAGAUGUCGCCUCAGCAUCUUUUUCUUUUUUCCAUUCAACAAUCAGUUUCAAGGCAGCAAAAAAGCAUGCAGUUUAAAGCUACCGUCACCAAAGCAAAAUAGCCCAAAUUGCAAGCCAGACAGUGUUGAAUUUAUCAUGAGUUAAGGACCAAUGUAUGGGUAAAUAAAAAGAUCAUCUGUAUCCCAGUGACACGUCUCAGAUAUAGAAUCCUCUACUAAACUGCAUUCAGCCAAAGGUGGAAAAAAAAAACACCGCAGACUACUCACUUUAAAUCAAAUCUGAACAAAGAGAAAGAUUGCUUGUCAUCCUGAAAGCUUUCACCGUAAGUAAUGACAAAAUUGAUUCACAGCGCUGUAGGGAUUCUUCACAUUGCAUUUUUUCAUGUAUCCACCGAGGCCAGAAGAAAAUCUGAAAAUCCUCCUGGUGAACUUGUAUUUCAGCUCUAAAAUCAAAGUGGACAAAUAUCCGUGCUUGAAACAGUAUUGUGCACACUCUUUCCAGCAGGUUCUUUGAACUCUGCUCGCCCGCGAAUGGCUGUUCAGUAAAGGUGCCCCCAUUGUACUUUCCAAUCUUUGUCCCACUGUACAUUGAAAGCCUUUAUUCACAUACAGUGCAAUGAACGUUUCAGUUAGAGUUGGGGAAUAUGUGUGGUCAGCCCAUUCUCCCCUCAUCCAGCUCAAAAGACACGAUAACAUCCAGCAACGGGCUCCACUUGAAAAUACAGUUAUGCAGAUUGCUUCCUCUGAUAUUUUUCCAGCUUUGGAUAAGGAAAACUUUCCGAAGAAAUGGGAGACUGGUCCAUUCUUGGCCGCUUCCUAACGGAGGUUCAAAACCAUUCCACGGUCAUCGGCAAGAUAUGGUUGACAAUGCUGCUCAUCUUCCGCAUCUUGCUCGUGGCCCUGGUGGGGGACGCCGUCUACAGCGAUGAGCAGUCCAAGUUUACCUGCAACACCCUACAGCCUGGAUGCAAUAACGUCUGCUAUGACACUUUUGCUCCUGUAUCACACUUGCGCUUUUGGGUCUUUCAGAUCGUCCUCGUCUCCACGCCCUCCAUCUUCUACAUUGUCUACGUCUUGCAGAAGAUCACCAAGAAUGAAAAGGUAGAGGUCAAGAAGGUCGAAGUGGUCACCAGGUCCUCGCCCUCACUGGAAAGGGACAAACACAUGGGAGGAGAAGAGACGACGGUGGAAGCUGGCGGUUCUUAUAACCCAGCCUAUAACAAUGAGGAGUGGUGUGUUCGGGGAGAAGAGUGUGAGGAGAGGAGCCAGCUGGAUGAGGAAAGAAGAGAGGUAGGAAAGGACCCGACCGAGCUUUCCAGCCAAGUACUGCUUAUCUACAUCAUACAUGUCCUGCUGCGCUCCAUCAUGGAGUUAAUCUUCCUCAUUGGGCAGUAUUACCUAUUUGGAUUUGAAGUUCCACACCUUUUCAUCUGUGAAACAUACCCCUGUCCGAACAGAACCGACUGCUUCGUGUCUCGAGCGACAGAGAAGACCAUCUUCCUCAACUUCAUGUUCAGUGUCAGUCUGGGCUGCUUCAUCCUGAACAUUGUGGAGCUGCAUUAUCUAGGCUGGAUAUACAUUUUCAGAGUCUUGUUCUCUGCAUGCUGCAUAUGCUGUAAGUCAAACAGAGACCCCCUGCGGCAGGUGGAAUUGUACUCGGACAGCAACCCACUGUUGCUUGAGCUCAAACACUCCUUACGCGGCAGGGUGGUCCUGCAGACCACCUCUCCCAUGUCCCGGGACAAGAUCAGCAGCGUGCCAAACCAGGCCCCGGCCAUCUCCUUUGAGACGGACUCCACGCUGGAGUGCACGUCGAAAAGAAAUCCGGAUGAGAAGGAACGCACAAAGACUAAACUGCACAACAUGGCCAAAAUAGGAAGAGGCAAAAAAUCAUGGCUAUGAAUUAUGUCAAAAUUGGUGUCAUAUACAGGAUAUUUUAUCUAUGAAUGCACAUGUACUUCUAUGCUGAUUGAAAUUGAAAGGUUUUAGGGAUGAAACUGUAUAGAUUCAGUGUAUUUGAUUCUGUAACUCAGAAAAUUGAAUUUUUGAAUGAUUUGGGGACGAUUUGCAUUUUACCAUUCUUGGUUUAUUAGGUGUACUGUAGAGGGAAUCGCUGAUAUUACUGUAGUGCAACAUUUUAUGAAAACGUGUCUGUAAAUAUUGUCAAAUCAAUGUAGUUGCUGUGAUUUAUUUGUACCUCCAUUUACUCCUAUACUUACACUACCCUUGUUGAGG